AUUUCUUCAUCUCCUCCCCUUUUCCUCUCUUCCACUCUUCCUCGCCGGCAUGAGGCUCCGAUCAUGGCUACUCCCCUGCUCCACCGCCGCCAAACCCAGUUGUAACAAACCGCCUGAACCCUCCUCCUCCUCCUUCUACUUAAGUUCCGACGGAAGCAGUCUUUCAGAAAUGUCGGCCAAUUGUUCGUCAUCGUUGACGUCGACGCCUAGUUCCGACACUAGCUAUUCCAGUCUCCAAACGAAUCUCUCCCUUCAAUCUCUACCGUCCAUUCCAUCACUUCAAAAACUCCCCACCAUCACCGAUGCUUUACCCGUCUCUGUUUCUCAACACCACCUCGCCUCUUUCAAGCUCCCAAUCUCCCAUCUCGCCGUCCAUGGCGCCUAUCUCUACGUCGCCACCGCUCAUGAAAUCAACGUCUACGAUCGAAUCACUUUCUCUCACCUUACCGCAUUCAACGAUCGAGAUUCAUCCUCUGGUUCUGUAAAGGGAAUAUCCUUUCUACGCCGCGAAAUCCUCACUUCUCACCAAGACGGCAAAAUCCGCGUCUGGAAUUUGAGUGAAAACAACAAACAAUUCAAAUUGGUCAACACUCUCCCUACAGUCAAUGACCGUCUCCGCCGAUUUAUACUCCCGAGUAAUUACGUCAACGUCCGUCGUCACAAAAAGGUUCUCUGGAUUCAACACGCUGACGCCGUUACUGGACUGGCCGUCAACGGCGACUCUGUUUACUCUGUUUCUUGGGAUCGGAGUUUGAAAGUCUGGCAAGGCUCUAACCACCGCUGUGUCGAGUCCGUGAAAGCAGCGCACGAGGACGCCAUCAACGCGGUAGCCGUUUCCGCCGGGGGAACUGUGUACACAGGUUCAGCCGAUAGAAAAAUCCGAGUGUGGGCGAAACCGGAGACGGAGAAGCGUCAUGUACUAGUGGCGACAUUAGAGAAGCACAAAUCGGCAGUAAAUGCAUUGGCAUUAAACGAGGAGGGUUCGUUGCUUUUCUCGGGGGCUUGUGAUCGUUCCGUUCUGGUUUGGGAAAGAGAAGACAGUGCAAACCACAUGGCGGUGAUCGGCGCAUUGAGGGGUCACAGAAACGCGAUUCUGUGUUUGAUCUACGUGUCGGAUUUGUUGUUGAGUGGGUCCGCAGAUCGGACGGUGAGGGUGUGGCAACGUGGAGCAGAUGGGAGUUUCAACUGCUUGUCAGUACUGGAAGGUCAUAAAAAAGCGGUGAAAUCGCUGGUGGUAGUAUCGGAAGGGGAGUCGGACGGCGUCGUAUCAGUGUGCAGCGGGAGUCUGGACGGAGAGCUGAAAUCCUGGAAACUCUCAUUUUCGCCCAAUUCGAAUAUUAUGAAUUGCAGAUAAUGGAUUAGGAACAAAUUUUUUCUUUUUAUUAUUUUUUUGUUUUAAUAAUUUUCCAAUUUUUGCAUGUUUAUAUUAUCAAGGUAAUCGAUAUGGUCAUUUUCGUCC